AUUACCAUUUGUUUUAUUUUUUAGCUCAGCACUCAUAAAAGGCAAGAACAGACCAGAUAUGAAGCGGGCUCAAAAAAAAAAAAAAAAAAAAGACAAAAAAGAAAAAGAGCGACCCUCUCUCAUUGAGGAGGAACCCGAAUACAACGCUGGCAGAGGUGGUGAACGCUGGCAGAGGUGGUGAAGGUGACCUCAUAUCUUAAAUUCCGAAAAUGGCCCUAACGUCUCAACCGCCGCCGCCUCUCUCAUUCUCCUCCGAUUCCGACGACGGCGGCGCUGGAACAGAAGGCCACCGUCACAACGACCUCUCCAACUCCAUUUUCAAAUCCUAUGUUGAGGUCAACGGCCAUUCUUCGCCCGAUCUCUCAAAGAUCCAGUCGUUCCUCACCUCUUCGCGCUCCGGCGCUCUUUCUUGCCUCAUAUGCCUCGAGAAAAUCCGACAGUUGGAUCCCACCUGGUCCUGCUUCUCCAGCUGCUUCGCCGUCUUCCACCUCAUCUGCAUCCAAAGCUGGGCCCGCCAAGCCUCAGACCUCGCCGCAGCGCGGGCCGCCGCGCGCCUCUCCGCCGAUCUGUUCCCGGUUGCGGCCGCGAAAGCGAUCGAGGAGUCGAAGUGGAAUUGCCCCAAAUGCCGGGUAGAGUAUUCCAAAGCCUUUAUUCCCAAAUUGUAUGUUUGUUUCUGUGGAAAACUGGAAAACCCUCCUCACGACCCCUGGAUACUGCCACAUUCAUGCGGGGAGAUCUGUGGUCGCCCGUUGAAGCACAAUUGUGGUCAUCACUGCUUGUUGUUGUGCCAUCCUGGUCCGUGCCCGUCCUGUCCUAAGCUCGUGAAGGUCCGGUGUUUUUGCGGCGCUGUUGAGGAUGUCCGUCGAUGUGGGUUCAAGGACUUCUCGUGCAAUGGAGCUUGCCGGAAAUUAUUGGACUGCGGGAUUCACAGGUGCUCGGAGACUUGCCACGAAAGUUUGUGCCCACCAUGUCGAGAGCGAGGCAUUUACCGAUGCAGGUGUGGGAAGAGGGAGGAGGAAAGGCAGUGCUGUGAGAGGGAUUUUCGAUGCGAGACACCGUGUGAGAGAGUGCUCGAGUGUGGAAAGCAUUUUUGCAGCAAAGGGUGUCAUUCGGGUGGAUGCGGCAGUUGCCCACUUCAGGGGAAGAGGACUUGCCCAUGUGGGAAGAGAGUGCAUGAAGGAAUGGCCUGUGAUGUUACAGUGCCAUUGUGUGGAGCAACUUGUGAUAAGAUUUUGAGCUGUGGAUUUCAUAGAUGCCCAGAGCGAUGCCACCGAGGAUCAUGCAUUGAGACUUGCAGGACUGUCAUAAUGAAAUCUUGUCGUUGUGGGAGCUUGAGGAAGGAGGUUCCUUGCUAUCAAGAUUUAGCUUGUGAGAGGAAGUGUCAAAGAGUGCGAGAUUGUGGACGCCAUGCUUGUAGACGUCGCUGCUGUGAUGGGGACUGCCCACCUUGUUCAGAGAUUUGUGGCAGGAAGCUCCGGUGUAAUAAUCACAAAUGUCCUUCUCCAUGCCAUAGAGGUCCCUGUGCUCCUUGCCCGGUGAUGGUGACAAUAUCAUGUUUGUGUGGCGAGACGCACUUUGAGGUUCCUUGUGGUACGGAAAGGGAACAAAAGCCUCCAAAAUGUCCCAAGCCAUGUUGUAUUAUGCCUUUAUGCAGACAUGGAUCAAAUGCUAAGCCGCAUAGAUGCCAUUAUGGAGCAUGCCCACCAUGUCGGCUUCUUUGCGACGAAGAAUUCCCUUGUGGGCACAACUGCAAAUUGAGAUGUCAUGGCCCAAAGCCGCCUCCUAAUCCUGAAUUUACAUUGAAACCAAAGAAAAAGAAGUCAAAUGUUCAGAUUCAAUCUAUUCCUGGUUUGCCAUGCCCUUCUUGCCCAGAACUUGUUUGGAGGUCAUGCGUUGGCCAACACAUUGGAGCAGAGAGGAUGAUGUUUUGUUCUGAUAUAUCAGAAUUUUCGUGUGAAAAUUUAUGUGGAGUCCCUCUUUCUUGUGGAAAUCAUUAUUGUACUGAAACUUGCCAUGCCCUGAAAGACCUGUCUUCAACAUCAGUUCAGCAUAAAAGAGGCAAGUCCUGUGAAGAGUGUCAUCUUCCUUGUCAAAAGGAAAGGAGACCUACUUGUCCACAUCCAUGCCCCCUGCCAUGUCAUCCUGAAGAAUGUCCCCCUUGCAAAGUUCUUGUAAAACGAUCAUGUCACUGUGGUGCCAUGGUCCACGUUUUUGAGUGCAUGUAUUACAACUGCUUGUCUGACAAGGAGCAAAUGACUGUCCGUUCAUGUGGUGGACCCUGCCAUAGAAAGUUACCCAAUUGCACACACUUAUGCCCUGAGAUAUGUCAUCCUGGUCAAUGCCCGUCACCUGACAAGUGCAGUAAAAAGGUUACUGUUCGUUGUGGAUGCCAAACCUUGAAAAAAGAGUGGGUGUGUCAAGAUGUUCAAAUGGCCUGCCGCAAUGCUGGUUCUGAUCCCAAAGAUAUAUCUAAAAAUCACUUUGGACUUGGACUGCUUCCUUGCAAUUCCAAUUGCAAGAGUAAAGUUAAAACUGUUGAUUCAGAGUUACAAUUCCGUAAAUCUAAAGUUCUGGAGACAAAGGAUCCAGCGCCAGAUACAGAGAAGCACAUACCAAAGCGAAGAAAAAGACGAGAGCGGGUACAAGAAACCAAGCAAAUCUCUAGACUGCAGAAAAUUAUUGCAUUCAUUGGGAGAUUCCUUCUUUUUUCCAUCCUGGUGGUUGUUCUAAUUGCAGCAACAUAUUAUGGCUAUAAGGGUUUGUUGUCGCUGUCAGAUUGGAUGAAUGAGAUUGAAGAGCAAAGACAAAGAAUGAGAUAUCCGCGAACCAGAUAAUUCUUGAGCCAGCAUGUCUGGCAGGCAGAGUCGAUUUGCAUGAGGUUAGUGCAUUAAAUAUUCCAAAUCUCAAUAGCUUCAACAGUUACGGAACUCCGCUUUUCCCUCCUCCAUGAAGGCAAAUGGUCGCCGAUAUGUGAUUUGAGGUUUCAAAUGUUUUGAUAUAUUUUUUUCAGUUCAAUACUUCUUGUCUGCAUUACUUUUGAUUCCUCUACAGAGCUUAGACAAUGUUCAGUCUCUGCUCAUGAGUAUAAUACUUGUUAAGUUUAAAGAAAGAAAAAGAAGACUUGUUGCUGCAAAGUGUUGUUAUACAUAAAUAGAGGUUUUAAACAUUUUGUUACACAUGAAUAGAGGUUAUAAACAUGUAUGUAUUCAUGUAAGAUCAUGACAUGAAAAUGUAGUGAUAACUGUUGAUUGUAUAAAUUGUGAUAAAUCAAACUACAGUGCAGUUCAUUGAGAGAAAAA